CAAAUCAAAAAGUCUCGAUCGUCGUUGUCGUUGAGUCGCGAGUGUUUGUUCCGUGACAAGUGAUUAAUAUUUUUGCUGCGAAGUUAAACAUUCUUGUUUUCGACCAACUUCAAAGUGUGGGCAGUAAAAAAUAGUGUUUAUGUAACUAGAAGAAACCACAUAUAGAACAUUACAAACAUACCAACAGAACGGCUACAAAAAAUUCUGUAGUGAUCGGGGUGCAAGACACUGCCAGGCAAAAAAAGCUGCUGAUAAGAUUGUGCCUGCUACCAGCAUCGGUUCGAGUGUGUUCGAAGAGACAAAGCAUUAGCGAAAAUUGUAAACAGAGGACAUUAGAAGCACUUACUCAUUACCAAAAUACUGCGCAGAUAAGGCGGAAACAGCUUCAGUAAUGGUAGAACCAAUGUUCGAAUAUCAAUUCAGGCACAUUCUAAUUGGGGACAGCACAGUGGGAAAGUCCUCACUUCUCAAGUACUUCACGGAUGGCAAAUUUGCGGAGCUAUCCGAUCCCACUGUGGGGGUGGACUUUUUCGCUCACUUGAUCGAAGUUAAGGACGGUACCCGUAUCAAGCUGCAGCUGUGGGAUACCGCCGGUCAGGAGCGGUUCCGUUCAAUUACCAAGUCCUACUAUCGCAAUUCGGUCGGAGUACUGUUGGUGUAUGACAUAACCAAUCAUGCCAGUUUCGAACACAUUCCGCUGUGGAUGAUGGAAGCUAAACGGCACAUCGAACCGCAUAGGCCGGUUUUUGCUCUGGUAGGCUGCAAGCUAGAUUUAGUAAAUAAUGGUGUCCAGCGACGCGAAGUUAGCGUAGAGGAGGCCCGUUCCUUCGCUGAACAGAACGGGCUCAUUUUCGUGGAAACUUCGGCCCGCACCGGUGUCAAUGUGCGGGAGGCAUUCAAUCUUGUCACCCAGGAGGUCUACAACCGAAUCCAGACCGGUGAGUAUAAGGUCGAGGAUGGUUGGGAUGGCAUUAAGAAGGGCUUUCAGAGGCCAAAUAAUUUAGAUUUUAAUCUAGUUGUAGCGGAAACGGCGAGAAGCUCAUGUUGUUAAAUUUCCGAUAACUGGUAGCGGUUAAAUAUUUGUGUUAUUUAACUAAGUUCAACGACUCACAGAAUAGUCUAUGUAGAUCAAGAAAAAAUGGAACCCUUUGGACUGAUCCAAGUUUUAUAAUUUUGUUCCAUUGACUCAACCAUCUCUCAAAACGUCAAUAUCUUUAAGUGAUAAAUACCAAAACUAUAGCGACAAAUUUCACUAAAUAUGCUAGUUGGCUGAGAUGGGAUAAAUAUUUUCAGGUUAAGAUUGAAAUAUGGACCGUAAAGUUUAUUUGAUCUUUUUUCAAAUUGAUCGCCGCAUAUAUUUUGGAAAUACAAAAAAUGUGAUAUAUGGAAAUGAAAAGAUCUGGAUUGGCAUUGUUAGUAUGUGUGUUCAAUCCUGAGAAGGGUUUUGCGUUCCCUGCAAGUAUCUGCAGUUGAUAUUCAUUUGUAUUUUUUGUGGUGUUAGCUCGUCAGCAAUGUUUACUUUUAUGGUGCUGCUUUUAUUUUAUAUUUAUACAAACUAAAACAACGGCCAUUAUUUCAAAAUUCACAUCUUCCGUAGAAAGCCGUUUGUUCUAGUUAGUUUACAGUAACUUUAGUUUGUUUUCUGACUUCUUUGCAUGAUUUUAUUUCUGUAUAUUCAAAGGCUAAACAAACAAAAGCUAAGAACACAUUUUAUAUGUAUAUAGUAUGCUAAUUACUAAUUUAGUCAUGUAGUCGAUAGUAAAAAAAUAAUUUAAGAUAUUACUGGAAACCAUAAUAAAUUUUGCAACAUUAUAAAUUA